AUGUUGUUGUGCUUGAAGUAUUUAGGAAGCACUUCUUUGGAGAACCUGCCCUGGUCAAACACAUGGAAGCUGUUGCCGUUCUACAAAGCCAAAGAGAAAUUAAAAUCGAAGAAAAGAAACGUCGAGGAAGACGAGGAAGAACUCUUCACUCCAGACAGUGGUCAUCUUGAUGACAGCGAUGAGGGGAAUGAUGAUCUCUCAGACAGUGAGGAGAGUGUCUUCUCCGGGCUGGAAGACUCUGGAAGUGAUGAUGAGAGUGAUGACGAUGAAGAGGCAGAAGAAAUCGAUUCCGCAGAAGAGGAGGCAGAUAUUAAUGAAAACGGAAAGAGCACGAGUGAGCCUUCCACCAAGACUGCAGGCAAACCUCAGACAGAAAACAGAAAGCUGAAGAAGGAAAAGCAUGUGGCUGAAAAGGAUGAAACAGAAGAAAAGAGUCUGAAAUCAGACAGAGCCAGUGGCCUUAAUACAUCAUCUCAGGUGGACGAGUAUGAUCAGGACACUUCAGAUGAAGAGGACAUCCGCAACACAGUGGGCAAUAUUCCAAUGGAAUGGUACAAAGAUUAUCCCCACAUCGGCUAUGACCUGGACGGCAAAAAAAUCUUCAAACCAAUCAGGAGCAAGGAUGAGCUAGACGAAUUCCUAGACAAAAUGGACAAUCCUGAUUACUGGCGCACAGUCCAUGACAAGAUGACUGGCACAGAUAUCCGUCUGUCCGAUGAGCAGGUGGAUCUAGUGCACCGCCUGCAACAAGGCAAAUUUGGUGAUGUUAACUUCAACGAGUAUGAGCCUGCAAUUGACUUUUUCUCCAACGAAGUGAUGAUCCAUCCGGUGACCAACAGGCCUGAGGACAAACGCAGCUUCAUUCCCUCUCUCAUUGAGAAAGAGAAGGUAGGCAAGCUGGUUCAUGCCAUAAAGAUGGGCUGGAUUAAGCCACGCAGGCCCAAAGACACCACACCUCAAUACUAUGACCUGUGGGCACAAGAGGACCCCAAUGCCAUCCUGGGGCGCCACAAAAUGCACAUCCCUGCUCCAAAGAUGAGACUGCCAGGUCACGAGGAGUCCUACAAUCCCCCUCCAGAAUAUCUGCUCACAGAGGAAGAGAGAUUGGCAUGGGAACAGCAGGACCCAGAGGACCGCAAGCUGAACUUCCUGCCGCAGAAGUACCCCUGUCUCCGUGCCGUACCUGCGUUCUCACGCUUCAUCCACGAGCGCUUCGAGCGCUGCCUUGACCUCUACCUGUGUCCCCGCCAGCGCAAGAUGAGAGUGAAUGUCAACCCAGAGGACCUGAUUCCCAAGCUGCCCAAACCUAAAGACCUGCAGCCCUUCCCUACCACCCAGUCCCUGGUGUACCGUGGUCACUCCAGUCUAGUCCGUUGUAUCAGUGUGUCUCCCAGCGGACAGUGGCUGGUAUCAGGCUCAGACGACUGCACAGUGCGCUUCUGGGAAGUGAGUACGGCACGCUGCCUGAAGACGGUGGAGGUGAGCGGGGCUGUGAAGAGCGUGGCGUGGAGUCCCAACCCUGCUGUGUGUCUGGUUGCCGUUAGUUAUGGUGAGACUGUAGUGCUGAUAAACCCUGGGCUUGGAGAUAAGCUGAUCUGCAGUGCCAGUGAUCAACUCAUCUCCUCCUACGAGGACCCAGAGGAGGCCAAGGAGCAGGCGGUGCAGUGGGCAGUUGCUGAGGGCAAAGGUCAUGAUCAGGGCCAGCGGCUCAUUCUCACUCACCCCAAGGCUGUGAGACAGGUGAGUUGGCAUGGCAAAGGUGACUACCUGGCCUGUGUUAUGCCCGAUGACGGCAGCUCUGUACAGGUGGUGAUCCAUCAGGUGAGCAAACGGCGCACGCAGAACCCCUUCCGUAAGAACAAGGGCAUGGUACAGUGCGUCUCUUUCCAUCCCAUCCGGCCCUAUUUCUUUGUGGCCACACAGCGCUAUGUGCGUAUCUACAACCUCAUCAAACAGGAGCUCACCAAGAAGCUCAUGGCCAACUGCAAGUGGAUCUCCAGCAUGGCCGUGCACCCGGGAGGUGACAAUGUGAUCUGUGGCAGCUACGACUGUCGACUGGCCUGGUUUGACCUGGAUCUGUCUACAAAGCCCUAUAAAAUGCUCCGGCACCAUAAGAAGGCUCUGAGGAGCGUGGCCUACCACAAGCACUACCCUUUGUUUGCCUCAGGCUCAGAUGACGGCAGUGUUGUUGUCUGUCACGGGAUGGUGUACAAUGACCUGUUGCAGAAUCCCCUCAUUGUCCCAGUGAAAGUUCUGAAAGGUCAUACCAUCACUCAUGACUUAGGGGUGCUUGACGUGGCUUUCCACCCUACCCAACCCUGGGUCUUCUCCUCAGGGGCUGAUGGAACAGUCCGUCUCUUUACCUAGUCAAGUUUUUUCUAUAGCUUAGUGACUCAAACUGGAUUAAGAGAGAAUGUGAUUUUUAAUUUUCAUUUCUACAAGUUUUAGUACAUCUACAUCUUGUUACUCCCAGAAAAUGUAUGUACUCAGUAUAAUCUCUCUCUUGCCUUGUCUGUCACAUUUUUAUUAAAAACAAGAGAAAGAAGAAAAUAUCAAACCAAUUUCAGAGAGCCAUGAGCAUGCUUCACUGCAUAAAGCAGAAACCCGUCUGAUUACCCCUGAUUACCUACUCCUGAAACCAUGAGCGGUCCGGAAGGCCUUUUCCCACACUGCCGAGCAGCCGCCUCACAGUGAACCAAUACUGAACCGCUAAUCCUUGGACAAGGAGACAACUCAUGAAAAAAUAUAUGUUCUACUAUUAGACAUGCCAAAAGAAACAACAAAGAACAAAGCUGAAGCUGUGAGCUUCAGGAGUCCUGUCCUACCCAAGCUCAUUUUUCAAUUAAACCCAAGCUUGUUUUACGUCCUGAUUUUGAACUGCUGUUUCAGUUAUUUGCCAGUGUUCGUGAUCAGGCACGCUAUACUGAGUCAUUAAACAUGUUGAGUUGUGAAACGUUGACUGAGUGAAUUUCUGAGAAACGUUAUUUUUAAUUAAAACUGGUGUUCCUUGAA